AUGAGUCUCGACAACUUCAGACCCUCCUUCAUCUACUACCAACUUCGCGCCACUCCAAAGCCGGUUCCAUAUGAGGGCAACGACCUUUCCGGUAAGACGGCGCUCAUCACCGGAGGGAAUGCUGGUCUCGGCUUCGAAUGUGGUCGUCAGCUAUUACGCCUCAAGCUAUCAUAUCUAAUUAUUACGUCUCGCUCGCUCUCCCGCGCCGAAGCCGCCCGAAAGCUGCUACUCGCCGAUAAAACCACUCAGCGGGUGAACCCGAACGCAAAGGUCGAUGUAUACGAGCUCGACCAGGAGCGCCACGAAUACAUCUCCGCAUUUGUUGAAAAACUGAAGGAGAGCACGGCCUACCUCGAUAUUGCCCUCCUGAAUGCGGCCAUCAAUACCCCCAAGAUCGAGAAGUCUCCGUAUGGGCGCGAGAGGACAAUCCAGAUAAACCACGUCUCGACAUCGCUGAUGUCGCUCCUGCUCCUACCGCUCCUCGAGGCGUGUCCGCGCAAGCCCGCAAACCUCACCGUCGUCGCCGGCGGCACAAACACCUGGACGACUCUGCCUGCCAAGCACCACCCGAAAAUGAUUCACUGGAUGGGCGAUCCGGCAAGCAAGGGCUUCGACGUGUACGCAAACUACCACAACAGCAAGCUCCUCAACCUGUUUUGGGUGCAGGCACUCGCCGAGCGCGUCAGCGGCGCCGAUGUCGUCGUAAAUGCGGUUUGCCCGGCUAUGGCGGAUACGAACCUGUUCAGGGAGUAUCCGCGCUGGCUUAUGGGCUUUGCGAAGCUCAUCUACUUCAGGUGGAUCACGUGGAGUGCUGAGGCCUGUGCGAGGGUUCUCACGUCCGGUGUGGUCAAAGGAAGGGAUGGGCACGGGUCCUUGACGACCGGGAUCGGUGUGACUCUGCCGUUCAAUCCGUUGCUGUUUAACGACGAGGGUAAAGGGAUUAGGGAGAGGCUGUGGAACGAGACGAUCGAAAUUUUCCAGAAGGAGGCGGGUUUCAAGGUGGAUGUACCAGCGAAGCUGUAA